AAACUGACAGAAUUGAAUGUCAAUAAUAAACAUGACAACUUCAGAUACCAUUAUAAAUAUUGGAGAUUCAGUUGAAACUAAAUAAAAUGAAUGGAAAUGAAAAACCGUACAAGAAAAGUCGAUUUUAUCGAAAGAAUCAACGACCAACAGGAUACGAUAAGGACGCAGACGAAAAUUCAAUUAAAACGAACGUUAAAGAAAAUGAACAAGCUACAGAAAAAGUUACCAACGUCGACGAUAUUGAAGAUCCCAUACCUUUGAUACAACUAAUGAAAGAAGAUACUUUGAUACAAUCAUUGGAAAAAUUAACACAACAACUGAAGGAUAAUAAAAAUGAUUUUGUCGCCGAAUCGAAAGCGAAAACGGACGAAAUCGAAACGGAAAAUGUAAUAAGAAACAAGACGUUGAUGAAAGAUUUGAUAUAUAUCAACGAUAUCGAUUCUAAUAACCCACCAGCGCCGUUUUCUUACCACGACAAUCGUCGCACGCACACCCAACUAGUUUACAUGAAUCGAGAUAAUCGAAUGAGAGACGAUCCGACUUUCGAAUUAGGUAUGCAAGCAUCAUUCGAUUCCGUAUCGAUUAGAAACAACUUCGUAUCGAAAGUCUACUCGAUUCUCAGUAUACAAUUACUGUUGACGUUCGCUUUCGUAUUAACGGCCGUUUACGUCAAUCCCAUCAAGUAUUUCAUCCUGACGAAUUUCGUACUGUAUUUAAUAAGCAGCAUAUUAAUGUUGGUACUACUGAUGUCGAUGGCGUGCUUCGUACCGCUGCGCAGGAAGUUCCCUUUGAAUUUCUUCUUGUUGUUUCUGUUUAGUUUAUGUUUUAGCUACACUACAGCCACGGCGGCUUGUUUUUAUUCGGAAGAGACGGUGUUGUACGCCGUCGGGGGUACCGCCAUCAUAACCGCCCUGAUUACCCUCAUUGCCUAUUCGAAUAUAUUCGAUAUAACUAAUUGCGGGUUCAUUUUGUGUAUGGCCGGUGUUGUGAUGGCGGUUUUCGGCGUUAUAGCUUUGAUUGUUUAUUUGAUAACGGGAUCGGAAACUAUGUAUUUGGUUUACGCGUUUUUGUGCGUCUUGUUGUUUACCGUUUAUCUGUUGUACGAUACGCAACAGAUUCUUGGGGGGGGCAGAGUGGCGUUGUCGCCCGAAGAAUACAUACUGGGGGCGCUAACUUUGUAUGUUGAUAUAUUGAUGAUAUUUAAUUAUCUUUUGUUGAUUUUAGGAAGACGAUAAUUGUUUGUAUAGUUUUUUUUUGGGUUAAUAAAUUUAUUUGAUUUA